AUGUGUGACGAAGACGUUGCUGCUCUUGUUGUUGACAAUGGAUCCGGAAUGUGCAAAGCUGGUUUUGCCGGGGAUGAUGCUCCCAGAGCCGUUUUUCCAUCCAUUGUCGGUCGCCCCCGUCACCAAGGUGUCAUGGUUGGCAUGGGUCAAAAAGACAGUUAUGUAGGUGACGAAGCUCAAUCUAAAAGAGGUAUUCUUACAUUGAAAUACCCCAUCGAACAUGGUAUCGUUACUAACUGGGAUGAUAUGGAAAAAAUUUGGCAUCACACCUUCUAUAACGAACUUCGAGUCGCCCCAGAGGAACACCCAGUUUUAUUGACCGAAGCUCCUCUCAAUCCCAAGGCCAACAAAAAAAAGAUGACACAAAUCAUGUUUGAAACAUUCAACACCCCAGCCAUGUACGUUGCUAUUCAAGCUGUCUUGUCAUUGUAUGCUUCUGGUCGUACCACUGGUAUCGUGCUCGACUCUGGUGACGGUGUAUCCCACACCGUACCCAUUUACGAAGGAUAUGCUUUGCCACAUGCUAUUCUCCGUCUCGAUCUCGCCGGAAGAGAUCUCACCGAUUACCUUAUGAAAAUCCUUACCGAACGUGGUUAUUCAUUCACUACCACUGCCGAAAGGGAAAUUGUCAGAGACAUCAAAGAAAAACUUUGCUACGUAGCUCUCGACUUUGAACAAGAAAUGGCCACCGCCGCUUCCAGUUCUUCGUUAGAAAAAUCCUACGAACUUCCCGACGGUCAAGUCAUAACCAUAGGAAACGAAAGGUUCCGUUGUCCCGAAGCUCUUUUCCAACCAUCAUUCUUGGGAAUGGAAGCCUGCGGAAUCCACGAAACUACCUACAAUAGUAUUAUGAAAUGUGACGUCGACAUCCGUAAGGACUUGUACGCCAACACCGUUCUUUCCGGAGGUACCACCAUGUACCCAGGAAUCGCCGACCGUAUGCAAAAAGAAAUCACUGCCCUUGCUCCGUCAACGAUGAAAAUCAAGAUUAUCGCUCCACCGGAAAGAAAGUACUCCGUAUGGAUCGGAGGUUCCAUUCUUGCCUCUCUUUCAACCUUCCAACAAAUGUGGAUUUCAAAACAAGAAUACGACGAAUCUGUCCGUACUAUUAUUAUCUAG